AUGCUUCAUCAAAGUCAUCAUCAUCUUCAUCAAUCGAUACCCCAACAACAAAACGAUCAUACUUCUUCAGAUGAUGAUAUAGAGGAAUCAAUUGUUGCUUUAGAUACGGAAGGUCGUACUAUUCGUAACAGUACUAUUGGUCCAAGAGGAUGGCUAGGAGAAAAUGCAAGAGAUUUAGCUUCAUAUGUGGCUAGUUUACGACCUGUGGAUCAUGCCUUUUUAGAUGUUUUACCAAGUCUACAUGUUGUAACUGAUGAUUAUGUUCAUUCAUCAUUGGAAAAAUCAUUUAAUUGGAAUCAUGUUGCAAGCAAACUAGUCAAUUGGGAAGGAGAAUGGUUCAUUGUUGCUUUUCGCAGUGUUAGAAAAUCAUCAGCCAAUGAUUCUUUAUUAUAUGAAGCUGAUAGAAGAGCACAGGAGGAAGCCAUCCAUUCUGGAGGUUUAUUAAAGUAUUGGUUUGGUGAUUUGAAUCAACAUCGAGAAUGUCUAGCAAUGUGUAUUUGGAUCAAUCGUGAAUAUGCUCUUAAAGCUACUCAUAAACCAUUACAUCUUGAAGCAGCUAAAUUAGCAGGACAAAUGUAUGAUAGUUAUACACUAGAAAGAUACAAAUUAGUCAAAAAAUCUGGUGAAUCUAUUUUUCAUAUUACUCCUUUGCCUUUUUCGACACCUCAUCCUUCAUUUUCAUAGACAAUAAAAUGGAC